GCAGUGUUCAUUUCUUUGUCUACACUAGAAUAUUAUAUUCGGUUACACACGUCAUCACGUCAUACCUUACCUGUAAGGUAACCAGCGUUACUAGUGCUAAUACUCCAAACGGAUACGAUAUGAUAACGGACGCUGCACAUGUCGAUAACGUUUGUCAAGGGAUGUCAACCUGAAGGUAUCAGACAGAAGAACAUCGCUUUGAGGUUGCAAUACGCGAUCAGGUAUAAGUUUGUGAUCUGUUUAUUACGCAUGGCGUGGUCUUUUACAUUGACUUUAGUCGUGUAACUGAAUAGUUUAUUUGUAUCGACAGGCAUCCAUGUCGGCUUGGAUGUUUGUCAAAUGGAUGCAUGCAAGCAACAGCAGUAACAGCGUCUUUCGGGUGGUGAAUAUUAAUCAACACUGGUGUCACUCUGGAGCUGGGAUGUUGAGUCGAUGAUGUACACGGCAAAAGCCAUCAGAAUUUACACCGACAUAUGCUAAUCGAUGCUAGAAAGCGUUUCUUAACAGGUGUUAUUUUUGGUAUGUAUAGGUUUACAACAUAUUAUGGCCUGAGGAAAAUAGCCGACUUCCUGUUUUAAUUGACCAGUUUGAAAGAAAUUAUCAGGAUUCGCCCAGACACACAGCCUCGGAACCAGACGCCUUUAUGAUGUCUUGGAUUUGUACCUUGCAGUUGAUCAUCUUCAUCAUGUACACAUCCUUGCACGUUUGGACACUGUCUCUGGAUAUCUUGCUGAAUAUCAAGGAGCAUGAUAAAUGCCCCCAUCCUGUGGUGUGCCAUAGAAAUGUUUCAGUCAAUAGUCAGUUAAAUGUGACCAACUGGCUGGUUUCAGCUGGGGACCAAUUUACUGCGUCGAAGACAGUGAGAUCGGUACAUGGGGAUGUGGUUGUCCUGGCGUCUCUCUCUCCCUGUCAGCAUACCUUUAAUCCCUCCUCCCACAGGGAUUAUCUCAACAUCAGCCUCUGCUCCGUGGUCUGCCCCGACUUCCUUUCCAGCCAUACAAUAUAUAUUCAAUCAGUGUUCAGCGUCACAAACACAAAGCAGUCCUACUUUAAUGCCCUUGUCAGACCCGAUUCAAUGGAGGUUGUCAUGGAAGGCAUUAACUUGAUACUCGGUCAUGCGAAGUGGAAGACGUUCGUUGUUAUUGCUUCAUCUUAUGAUGUUUUGACUGCACUAUCUGGAGGUCGACUGGCUUCUCUCAAGUUACUGCUGUAUAUGAUAGAUGAUCCCAAGAAGCCACAAGAAAGUAUUGACCUCUCCAACAUAUACCAGCUACUUCCAGAGAAGGACCUCAUCCUUCUUGCGAUGUGUCCCUCCGAUUGUAUACAGAAGCUCCUCGCUCAGGCUCACUUCUUGGAAUCGAACAUGUCAAUGGCGAAGGCAACUGGGUUCCCACAAUGGCUGAUGGUUCCUUCAUCUGGAAGUGUCAUGGACAUUGCUCAGAGUCGUGAGCCAAUAAAAAUUGAUGAUGUUGUUUUCCUGGAGUUCACUCCGUGCUCUAAAUAUUAUUCACCACUGAACCUGGAGAAUAUCACGAAGCGUUUGUCAAGCUUAGAAAGGACACAUGUGACAGCCCAGGCGGCUGACAAAACAGAAUGGAUACAGAAGAAUGCAACAACAAGUGAAUCCCCCGUUCAAGCUAAAAUGCAAGUUCUCAGUAAAACCCAUACUGGAACACAUGUUGAAACCGUUGGCUAUAUUGGGAGAGAUGAAACAGUGGAGCUCAAGCAUCAGCUCUAUCACGGGAGCAAUUAUGGAUUUCACAACCGAACGUUAAUUGUCGGGACUCUGGAGUGGCCGCCAUUUGUGAUCAAGCGAGUGGAGAAUGGUUUUGUCAGCUACGGCGGCCUUUGCAUCCAGCUGUUGCAGGAACUGGCAAAACAACUCAAUUUCAGCUUCACCCUCCUGGAGCCAGGUGAUAGGGAGUGGAGUCGGGUACUGAACGGCAGUUGGACGGGCCUGGUGAAGUUACUUACCAAUGAGGAAGUUGAUUUGGUUGUGGCACCGAUGGCUGUGAGUAAGAGCAGAUCGACAGUCAUCGACUUCACAACGCCAUACUUCUACGUCCAAUCAGCUUUAAUAAUCGGCAAACAAGACCCAAAUAUCAACAAAUGGUUGACCCUACUCGCCCUGUUCCGCUAUGAGGUUCUUAUUUGUAUCCUCGUCUCCCUCAUCUUCUCCACCGUCUUCCUCUUCCUCAUAGAAGAAGUGACACCUGUCCAUUCGUGGACAGAGGGCAGACCCACGGAUAUGCCGACCCGUUAUGGGAAUAUACUCUGGUACCAUUUUGGAGCUCUCAUGGCGAAUGGGGGAGCAUAUCUUCCCAACACAGAGUCCGGUCGUACAAUGCUCAGCUGCUGGUGGAUGUUCUCGGUGAUAAUGGCGGCUAUCUACAGUGGAAAUCUCAUAGCCUUCCUCACCGACGGACGAGAGAAACCUCCCUUCUCCAACCUGGCUGAGAUGGUGCAGCAGGACACAUACCGAUGGGGGUUUGUAGGAGGAUCUGUAUUGGUCACUCUCUUUCAGGAAUCCAACAUCUCCGUCUAUCAGAAGAUAUGGCAUCGUGUGGAGGAUAUCACGACCAACGACCCUGAUUGGUUGAGUAAAGAGGGCGACGAGCACCUGCGCCGAGCGGCCGAGAGCCAGUACGUCUACAUCGCAGAAGAGUCUACUUUGGAGAUGUGGGACGACCCACGGCGGUGUGAUUUACAAAUGCUAAGCGACAACUUCUAUUUCGGCAAAUAUGCAGUUGGCCUACCCAAACACAGUUUAUACACACAGCUAUUCUCUAAACAAAUAUUGAAAAUAUAUGAAAGCGGCCUCCUGCAUAUGUGGUGGAAUCAAUGGAAACCCAAACAAUGUGAGCCACCAAGCAGAAAAUCGAAGAGGAUGGACAUCUUAGCCUUGCAGAGCGCUUUCUAUGGCGCAGGGGUGGGUGUGGCCAUGGCACUCGUGGUCCUUAUGAUUGAAAUCAUUAAUAACCGGAGAUGUAAACAAAGAGAGCAAGGACAGUCUGAGAGUGUUGAAGAGUCAGUUUGCCCUGAUAACUCAUCCCAGGAUCAAUCCUACCAAGACACACCUUCCACCACCUGACGUACACCAAUCUUGCACAAGAAGGACCUUUUGGAGGCUUGGCAUAUGUUACCCCAUUUUGAUCAUAUCUGUUGAAAUGCAUUGGCCAAAGUUUAACUUAACAGUUACUGUUCUCUGUCCGUUUGGGUUUUAUAUGACAAGAUCAUCAGUGAAAUGGUCAUGGAACCACUUUUGAUGUUGAUCGUUGUUUUCUGUCAGGGAUGGUCUUCACAGUACCAAAUAUGACACACACAGUCAAUACAAUGCACUACUCUAACCUGGAAAAAUACUUAAGCUUCAGAACAUAAUUUACGCAGAAGAUACAUGUGUAUGUAUAUAUGUUAUAAAUGCCAUAAGUGGAGGAAGGUAGAAUUCCGUGGAACUCCCCAGUUUGUCAUUUAUAAGCUGCAAAUGAAUAUUGUUUUAAUAACAAUUUUAAGAUUAUGUAAAUCAGUUAACAUUGUAUAAGUGAACCGAUAUUAAUCGUUCGUGUUAUGAACUAUUAUAACAUUACAUUUCUCUUGUUAAAUAAAACUUGU